AUGGCCUGUGUCAAGGCAGAGCCAUCUGCGCCACGCGUGCUGGAGCUGGUGGUGCCUCGCUUCGACGACGUGGGUGACGUAUCAGGUAGUGUCCCUGUGGCGCUCGACCUUUCCGCUUCUCUGUAUGUGCAGUUGGUGUUCUGGGAGCGCUCCGGGGUCGCGAAAGAGCUGGAGUGCGUCAACUUGGACGAAGGUUGUCCUCGCUGCAAGUUUGCGAGUUUUCUACGUGGCUUGGUGAUUCUGAAGCGUCGGAGGGCGCUGCAUAUCAACGGAGCGUACGUGGGGGAUAGCGACUUCGCCAGACUUCGGCUCCAGAUUGAAGGCGUAAAUGACAUUCGAGCUGCCGCUAUCGAGGAAUUCAGCUUUGUUCAAUGUCAUUUGCAGCUGGAGGAUGCCGCACGGGCAGAUGAAACAGAGCAAAAUAAGGUUGCUGCUGUAGUGCGCAGCCGGUGUCACGUAGUAGGGUGCAAUCUGCAUAAGUGGAAGCCGCCAAGGACGCAGGUGAUGACACCAGAGCGCGGCGAGGCGAACGUGUACACGAUGGACUACCGGUUUUCGCUCCGAGUCCGAGCUCCGUUCCGUCUUCCGCUCAUGCAUCACAUUCAAGAACCUACCAGGGAUGCGUCGUCACCGACGCCAGGCAUUGAAGAAAAUAAUGUGGGGUAUCCUGGUGACCGAACGAUAAUGGAGCCUGCACCAAGCAGGAAGCUCAACCUUCGCGGCGUUUUUGACAGUUUGAUGACGCCAAUUGCGGCGCAGUCAGAGAUGUGGAGUCCAGACAUCCCCGGCUUGGACCUCAAGCUGUACGAACACCAGAGACGAGGUCUAAGCUGGAUGAUGAAACGAGAGGAGGCGGCACUGUGGGAAACCACUUUACGACAUCCGUUUUCGGUUCCUGGGAGGCUUCGUCACGCCAGCGAUCGCUUGCUCGAGUCCGAGUUCGGCGACACCGCGCGUGAUGUAUGUGGAGGCAUGCUGUGCGAUGAACCUGGCCUCGGCAAAACAAUCACGAUGUUGGCACUUAUUUUGCUGACUAAGGGCCAAUCUACAAGCGAGAUGCCAGCUGACAGCAUGGUGAGCUCAUCAGCGUGUCUUAUAGUUGUAUCGGAUGCGCUGGUCGAUCACUGGGAGGAACAGAUCGAGGCUCACAUUGUGAACCAAGGACUAAGAACUUACGUGGACAAAGCGGUUGCAGGAUCAUUGCCGGAGAGUAACAGGUUGGCUAGGUAUGACGUGGUGAUCGUUUCGUUUACCCGGAUGGCCAAGGAAUGGAAGCUUCACCGACCUCCUUCUGCUUUGGAAGCCCGGCGUGCACCGCGAUUUGAUUUUGAGGACCAGCCAGAUCGCUAUCUGGAUGGGAGUGUCCGCGGUGAAGUGUCGUCUCUACUGUCCAUUCACUGGCUGCGUGUCGUCGUAGAUGAAGGGCACAAACUUGGCGGUCGAGCCCCCACUCAGCUUAUGCAGAUGUCUCGGUUGCUGUGCGCCGAGAGACGCUGGGUGAUGACUGGCACACCCUCGCCCAAUACCCUCCAGUCUGCAGACCUUCAGUACAUUGGGCGACCGGACGGAUUCGCGUGGGCAAAGGCGAUUGUUCGGCCAUUUGAGGGAAACGAGCCCGUGGGCUUCCAUCGCCUUCAGCAUUUGACAUAUUUGUCCACGGCCGAUGUGUACGUGAAGGACGUCCUGCAAUGCAAGAAAACAAGAUGUGGGGACUGCGGGUCUGAGCGCCGUGUUUUGAUGGUGCUGCCGUGUGGGCAUUUGUGCUGUGGGUAUUGCGUCGACGACCUUAAGAAGGAGAUCGGUGAGUGCCAGUGCAACUUCUGCGAUGAACCCUACGACGAGGACGAGUGUAGCUACUUGCAGCCUACCUUAACUGGAGAGGUGACGGAGCGUGGCCGACAGUCCACGCUGAGGAAAUUGCGAGAGUAUGGAGUGAGCGAGGCCAAGCUUGCAGGUGUGGCCGCUUAUGUGGACACUCUCAAGCCAAAACCAGCGACGGAAUGCGUAGGCUGUUACCGCAAGUUGCACUUGCUACUGGUCCUGACGUGCGGCCAUUUGAGCUGCCCCGACUGUGUCGAGCAGUGGAAUCAACAGGCCGGCCCAAGCUAUCCUCUGUGCCAUGAAUCCUUUUCGAGAGAAGGAUUUAGAGAUCUUCAGCCAGGAAUUCGCUCCGAAGCGUUAGAAGACAACGACAAGCCCGCUCGAAGGAAGAAGCCGAGAGUCAUCACCAUCAAGAAGCGGAAGCGAGCGGCACCUGCCGCAAAGAAGAGGGCUGGGAACUACAAACGGGACUAUUGGAAGAUCGACUCCAGCAAGAUUUCUUACAUGGCGGCCCGAAUUCGCGAGCUAACCAAAAAUUUGCCCGUGAACGAGACCGUCGCAUUCCAGCAGCAAGACAUCCCCACUGCUGACUUCAUCGCGCUCAUCAACCCUCGUGAGCGCAUUAGGAGCCUGGAGGCGUUCCGCUCGAACCCAAAUGAGAUUUGGGAUAAAUCGGUGGAGAUGCAAGUCAUCAGCCGAGCUCACCGCAUGGGGGCAAAGCGCUCCGUGGUGGUAGAGCAACUGUGGAUGCGAGGAACAGUGGAGUGCCAACUAAGCUCCACAAACCAGCAACUUUCAAGAGCGAACAUUCAACUGAGAACAGCUAAAGCUCGCCACAUCAACCGACACGAGAGGAGAGAUGAUGUCGUCGGGAAGGAUGGCGAGGUGCGGUUUUCCGUCCGAGACGAAAGCGAGACCAUCAUCCGCCAAGGAGUGCACACGAUUUCGGAUUCUGGAGAGAUUACUACCGUGUCGACGUUGCUUAAUCUGCCACCUCGGCCAGCAGCUGCAGCUUCCAAGAGGCCUUCAGUAUCUCCACAGCAGGGUUCACCAUCUACUACACGAGCGUCGAGGAUUGCUCGACAGAAGCCGGAUACUCCCGAAGUAAUUGUGAUCGAUGAUUCCUCUGACGACGAGCGUAGCAGCGGAUACGACAGUGACACUGAAGAGAAGAGUGAAGAGAACGCACAUGUCAUCCCGAUAUGCAAGCCACAGCAGAACGCAGUGGGGCCCGUGAAGCAGGAGCCUGUGUCUAUCAAGAAUGAACCAGUCGUCCUGAUGCGCAAGCAUGCCAAGCAGGAGCCUGAGUAUAUCGAAAUCAAGGACGAAGACACAGAAUCAGAGUGA